AUUUACGACACAAAAAGUAAACAACGGGCCGCUUUACGGCAGCAGACAUGGCGUCUCACUUCAGCGGCGUACUGCAGUUGACCGAUCUCGACGAUUUCAUCACUCCGUCUCAGGAAUGUGUCAAACCUGUCAAAGUGGAAAAGAAACAAGGCAAAUCUGUGGCCAAAAUCCAGAUAGAAGAUGAUGGCAGCUAUGUACAAAUCAACCAAGAGGGUCAAAAGCAGAAGCUGGAGAAGGCAAAGAUCACCCUGAAUGACUGCUUGGCCUGUAGCGGCUGCAUCACCUCAGCCGAGAGCGUCCUCAUCACGCAGCAGAGCCACGAGGAGCUCUUCAAAGUGCUGCGCAACAACAAAGUGAGCGAGCUGGAGAAGAAGGUGGUGGUGGUGGUGUCGGUUUCGCCUCAGUCCAGAGCCUCCCUCGCCGCAUUCUACGGCCUGAGCAGCAGCGACGCAGGGAGGAGACUCACCUCUUUCUUCAAAGGCCUUGGUGUCCACUACGUGUUUGACACCAGCUUCAGUCGGACCUUCAGCCUGCUGGAGAGCCAGCGAGAGUUUGUGGAGCGCUUUCAAAAGAACAAAGCCCUGCCCAUGAUGACGUCAGCAUGUCCAGGUUGGAUCUGCUACGCGGAGAAGACACAUGGCGACUUUGUCCUUCCUUACAUCAGCACCACUCGCUCCCCUCAGCAGAUGAUGGGUUCGCUGGUCAAAGGCUACUUUGCAGAACGACAAGGUCUGAGUCCGCAGCAGAUCUAUCACGUGGCGGUGAUGCCCUGCUUCGAUAAGAAACUGGAGGCGUCCAGGUCAGACUUCUACUUGAGCGACGCUGAGAGCAGAGAAGUGGACUGCGUCAUCACGUCCGGUGAAGUCCAGAGAAUGCUCGAGGAGGAAAAUGUGUCUCUUGGUGAUGUCCAGGCUGCGCCUUUAGAUACAUUGUUCAGUAGCGUGAGAGAUGAGGAGUUCCUGAGCCACGCCGGGAGCGGCUCAGGUGGUUACCUUCAUCACGUCUUCACCUACGCGGCCAAGCAAAUAUUUGGCGAGGAGGUCAAGGAACUCACCUAUAAGAGUCUCAGGAAUAAGGACUUCCAGGAGGUUACGCUGGAGAAGGACGGUGCAGUUGUUCUGAGUUUUGCUUCCACGUACGGCUUUCGCAACAUCCAGAAUCUGGUGCAGAAACUCAAGAAGGGAAAGUCGCCGUACCACUUUGUAGAGGUCAUGGCCUGUCCCUCAGGGUGCCUGAACGGGGGCGGGCAGGUGAAGCCGUCCCCGGGUCAGAACCCAAAGGAGUUCCUCCGGAAAGUCGAGGAGCUCUACAUGGCGGAACAACCUCAAGCGCCGGAGGACGACUCUCACGUGUCCGAGCUGUACCAGUCGUGGCUGCUCAGCGUGGGCGAGGAGCGCGCUAAAGAGCUGCUGCACACGCGCUACCACGCCGUGGAGAAGAUGACCAACGGGCUCGCUAUGAAGUGGUGAUGACUGACAGGCCUUCUAGGGACGGCGUGGCUCAGUCAGCAUCCUGAGGGUUCCUGGUUUUCGACCCCCACCAUCCUAGUCGGAGAUGAGAUGCAAAUGCCAAUUUAAAUUAUGUACAUUAUUCCUUUUAAAUGUAACAUUUGAAGUAGUUAAUGUAAUAAUUGUACAAAUAUAUUUUCACCAAAUAAAACCAAAAGUUUUUAAUUGA